AUGUUAGUAUUGAAAAACAUGUUCCUUGACAAAAUAAAACCAACUACAGAAAUAAACGACGCAAGACUGAAAGAUUGGGUAAAAGCUUUCCCAUUCACAAAAGAUAUAGUUGGUAACAUGGAAAGAAAACCAGAAUGGCUACAAAAACAUAUAUUUGGAAACGAGCUUAUUCCAUAUGGACAGGCACUGUUUGAAGCGCUUGAACCGGAAACUCAGGAAAGAGUCAUGCAAACAAUACGCGAAGACUCAAAUACAGACUAUGACAAACUCUUUCUAGGAUAUAGGUUACCUGAGAUGGGCGACCAGAGCCAAAAGGCAAAAAGGACAUGGGAAAUUUGCAACAUACUAGAUGAACAUAAUGCAAAGAUGCAACAACUUCAAGCAGAGGGCAAUGAAGGAAAAAGAAGAGUUAAAAACUCAGUCAGGAAGAAAGUAAAGCUUGGUCCACGUGGGUUCUAUUAUGACAUAUAA